AUCCCGCCUCGCCCCACAGCUAAUGUUAUUCGGUAACUUCAUGUGUCGCUAUAAAAUUUAAUUAAUCAAGGGAUGAACCAUCAUAUGAAACAUGGAAAUUUAGCUGAAAUAGACUAUAGCUGAAGAACGCAGGAAUAUAGUAUGUCGAGACAUCAACAUUCCAAAAUGGCGAGGUAGAAUUUGUAAUAUAUACUUUUACUGUAUUUAGGUGCAAUGAACAUGAAUUUUUGACGUUUUUUAAAUAGUUUAUUGUAAUGUUUCUAUUAAAGAGAGACAUUUUUUUACGUGUAGCGUUGACUGGUGCUAUUGGCAUUUGUUCGUUCAUUGGGGACGAAGGUUUGAAACAUGGGAAGACCGUUGUGGCACGCGCGAUUUUUGACAAUGCCACUCACGCGAUUGUCGGUGGUCUUACUUGGGCUGUGAUUUUAAAUUUGUCAAACAAGUCUCUUAUUCAAAAUUUUUCGAGUAUUUUCUGCUGCUUUUGUCUGUCGUCUUUUAUCGAUGUAGAUCACUUUAUCGCGGCAUCUAGUUGGAAGAUAAAUGAUGCUACGCAUUUAGAAAAACGCCCGUUUCUGCAUUGUACCACUGUUCCUAUAACACUGUGGCUUAUGUUCAAUUUUUACUCAAAUUUUCUUAAUCAUCCAAGGUUUGGCUAUUAUUCAUGGAUAAUAUUAGCAAGUUUUUUGAGUCAUCACAUACGAGAUGGCACAAGGAGGGGUUUAUGGUUCUGUCCUAUUGGCUCUACACAGCCUAUUCCAUAUUAUCUGUAUUUAAGUAUGAGCAUGAUGCUUCCUCAUGUGCUACAAUGGCUCAUGAUCUCUUCUUUAUAUGAAUCUAAAACUUAUAGUAAUAUGACACUAAUUGAUAUAGUGUAAAUAAUGUAAAAAUAUUUUCCAAUUGUAUAUAUACACAUAUUGUACAUA